ACUGCCGGAAAUCUCGCGAUGGAAGGAGGAGGAGGAGGUACACCCCUGGAAACACUUAAAGAAGAAGGUCAGCCAGGAUAUGUUCUACCUACAAGUCUUGAAGCCAAUGGUUUGAAGAAGAACAGUUGGGGCUUCUUAAUUACUGGGAUUGUUGGUGGGACACUGGUGGCUGUGUAUGCUGUGGCCACUCCAUUUAUAACACCGGCCCUCCGAAAAAUUUGCUUGCCUUUUGUACCCGCAACUACAAAGCAGAUCGAAAAUGUUGUGAAAAUGUUGCAAAGCAGAAGAGGACCUCUGGUGGACAUUGGCAGUGGCGAUGGUCGGAUUGUGAUAGCAGCAGCAAAGGAAGGAUUCACAGCUGUUGGCUAUGAAUUAAACCCAUGGCUAGUUUGGUACUCCAGAUACCGUGCAUGGCGAGAAGGGGUACAGCACUUGGCCAAAUUUCAUAUUUCAGAUUUGUGGAAGGUUACUUUUUCGCAGUACUCAAAUGUCGUUAUUUUUGGGGUGCCUCAGAUGUGCCUGUUGCCUCUCCUUACGCGAGUCAUUGCACAUUUCCCGUGUGAUGGUGUUGGCAGCGUUUGCAGUGGGCACUGUACUACCAGCUCGAGAAUGAAGGCUGGCUUGUCUUCGCGCCGGACCUCCAGCAUGGCAGCACCCAGCAGAGGGCAAUCACCCCACCGGAAGUAUUUGUUAAAUGAAUGAAUAAAUAUGGUAUAAAUACCCAUUAAGUACACUUCCUCCAGUGGGCUAGUCAAUUUCAUAACUUCAAAGAAUGACUAAUUUAAUUUUAGUUGUGAAUCCUGUUUUGAAUUGAUGAAUGAAAAUAUUAUCAGCAUGUUCUGAUGAAGAAAAACCAUUCAUGACUGAAUUAUUUAUUCUUCAUUCAUUUAUUUGACCAGUAUUUAUUCAGGGCCCACUUGGAAUACCUUAGUGAAUAAAGGAGAAACACAUCCCUGCCCCAGGUGCUAAUAUGCUAGUGGGGAGGCAGAGAUCGGGAUGCUUAUAUAAAAUAUAUCGAGCAAGAGAGAGGAUAUGUGCUGUGGGGCAAGCUAAAGCAGGAGAGGGAUGGAGCAGAGACAGUGUUCCUGAAAAGGGGAUAUUGGAGGUGAGCGUGGGAGCUGUGUGUCUGUCCGGAAGAAGGGAAUAGCAUUUCAAACAGGAACAGCCACUUUAAGGAAGCUGAGAUGUGUGUGCCUGUUGGGUUCCAGGAGCUUCAGGGAGGCGGGUGUGGCAGGGGCAGGGUGAGUGAGGGGAGCUGGGGAGAGGUGAGGUCAGAAAAAGUAGAGCUGGGAUGAGAAGGACCCUGGGCCCUUGUAAGGCGGUAGUGGUCGUGGGUUUGAGCAGAGGCAUGGAGGAUCGAAGUGGACUGGGGCUGAAAAGGAUCAUAGGCUGCCCUGGGUGAGAAAGAGCAGUCAAGGUCGGCUCCCAGGUGUUUGGCCUGAGCAACUGGAAGUUGCCAUUAGUGAGCUGGGAAAAGUGCAGGAGGAGUGGCUUGGAAGAUCAGGAAUUCCGGCUGGCAUGUGAUGUGUGAGAUGUGUGUGGGAAUUUCAGGUUGGUAGUGGUGGAUAGUGGGGUCCGGGGCUCAGGAGAGAGGGCUGGAGAUCCGGUUUUUAGGCACCAGCGCCCAGAGGGAGUUGAAGCAGAGGAGUGGCUGAGGUCACUCAUGAAGGGGAAGAGCCCUCCAAGGCCUGAGCCCUGGCCUCUGACUGAUGAGGGGCACUCAGCAAAGGAUUGGAGAGGAGGGCCUGGGAGGUUGGAAGUGAGGGUGGGCAGGGCUGUUACCUGGAAGGCAAGUGAAGGCAGUGCCUUAGGGAAGAGGGGUGAUGAAGGGGUUCCUAGCUGCCUGUGGCCAUGCUAAUUUGUCUGAUAUGCCUUUGCGCUGGUUUCAAUUUAUGUUUAAAGUUUUGAAGAUGUAAUUAGAAUAGAAUAUGAUGAGUUCGUGUCACUUUGAAACCUAUAAUUGUAUGAAUAAGUUUGAAUUCCAUUAGACAUACAUGACAUAUCACAGCUUCUUUUUGUGUGUGAUAUCAAGACCCUGAUUUGUUGCAUAUUUAUGUGUAAUUUAGUCAGUUAAUUUCUUAUGAUUGAAAUAGCUCCCUUUCAUUUUUAGGUUUAUCUUGACUUAGCAUAUGACAUUUGGAAAUAAAAGAGAAAAGAAUAAUGAUAAUGUGAAUACAUUUACAAUUAUCCUUUUUAUGAACAAAAUUACCAUAAGAAACCCCUGAUAUUUUGGAAAAAGAUUCUUUGCUUAUUUAAUUUUUCCCUCAAGGAACAAAACUUUUUUUUUUUUUUUUAUAAACUCAUCUUUUCCUGGCUGUUAAAAGAAUAGAAAUAUUUCAUCCUUAAUGGAACUUAUUCUCUGUUAUCUUGGUAUUGAUGCUAAUGAAGAAUUAAAUCCUGGCUCACGUAGCCAUACUAGUACAUCAUGUAGAGGAGUUUUUCCAAGCUACUUCUUAAAGGUAUAAAACCUUCAUAGAAGUACUGUCAAUUUUUUUGUCUCUACUUACUUUAGAACUUGAUUUCUAAAUACCAUUUCCCACUCAGAGGAACCAGGAAUGUUUGAGAAAUGGCUGAUCCUAGGGCUGAGGAAGGGAAGAUACAAAAGGCCAGGGCUCAGCACAUUUUUGUUGAGCCCGAAUGUAAGAAAGUGCUCAAGAUAUUUGAUGGGGGCAUGUCCAAAGGAAAGAGCGGCCAACCUGGGAUGAUUUGAGCACUAGCAUAAAUGGGACGGAGGUGGAUUAUCACCCGUUGAAUGAAGUAAUCUGGUUCAUCCUACAGUGAUAGCGAGCUAGGUAGAAAGAGAGAAGGGAAAGCUGUUUCUUGCAGUAGAAAGUACAAUUUCAUCUAGAAGGAAUGAUGGGAUUAGCAAAUCCAUACUUUGCAACCAUUAUAGCAAACAUUGACUCAGGCCAGAAUCAUCAGUGAAUAGUACAUCUCGUGGGGGGUCAGCUUGGUGAAUACUAGGGUAUGUACGUCCGCUCAAGGUAUUUCCCCACAAAUUAUUCAUUAUAAAGGCAAAAUGGUGACCACACUCUGGAGACACCAGAUACCAUCUCAACUGAGUGGUGACCACCACCCUCAAAGCAGGAGGACCCCCUGGGCAUCUCAUCUGACUGUGGGGCCCUGAGAUGUUCACAGCCCCACUUAUGGGUCAUUGCCAAGGACUCCCAGGCUGAGUCAUCACGAGCAAAUGUCAGAGGAACUUGGAGGCCCUGGGAAAAUAACUGGCCCAUGUUGUAAAGCAGGGGUCCUCAAACUACGGCCUGCGGGCCACAUGCAAAUACAGAUAUUGUAUUUGUUCCCGUUAUGUGCAGUGUGCAUAGGAAUUUGUUCAUAGUUUUUUUUUAAACUAUAGUCCGGCCCUCCAACAGUCUGAGGGACAGUGAACUAGCGCCCUGUUUAAAAAGUUUGAGGACCCCUGGUGUAAAGGGUGUUAUUGUCAUGAGACGCAAAGAAACAUGGAGGGGCUGUUCAGAUUAAAAGAGACAAGGAGCCCUAGCCGGUUUGGCUGAGUGGAUAGAGUGUUGGCCUGUGGACUGAAGGGUCCCAGGUUCAAUUCUGGUCAAGGGCACAUGCCCAGGUUGCAGACUUGAUCCCCAGCAGGG